ACUCUGGUCAGGCCAUCCGUCUCCACCCUCCUGCCCCAUCACAGGGUCCCAUUUUGGUCUAAUUUAAUAAGGCUCAUGAAGUACUCUGUACAGCAGACACCUCGGGUCUCAGACUGCAGGCAGGCAGCUCUUCUGAUGUUCAGAGAAGGAGACUCCACAAGGAGAUCUGAGUCAACAUGUCUGAGCGUUAUGACUGCAGAGAGUGCAAGGACUCCUUGUAUGGGCAGAAGUACAUCUUGAAGAAGGAACAUCCUUACUGUAUCAAGUGCUAUGAGGGUCUUUUCUCCAGCAAUUGUGAAAUGUGCAAGAAGCUCAUUAGCUGCACCAGCAAGGAUCUGUCCUUCAAGGACUGUCACUGGCAUAGUGAGUGCUUCCUCUGCAACAAGUGCAGCCGAUCCCUGGUCGACAGGCCAUUUGCCACCAAGAAUGACCUCCUGAUGUGCACCGACUGCUAUUGUGUUGAGUAUUCCUCCAAGUGCAAUGCAUGCCUGAAGACCAUCAUGCCAGGCACUAAGAAGAUGGAGCAUAAGGGCACCAGCUGGCAUGAGCAAUGUUUCAUCUGCAAAUCCUGCCAGCAGCCCAUUGGCACCAAGAGCUUUGUCAAGAAGGAUGGCAACAACUACUGUCUGGCCUGCUAUGAGAAACAGUUUGCCCUGCAGUGUGUCCACUGCAAGAAGCCCAUAACGACUGGAGGGGUGAGCUACCAUGACCAGCCUUGGCAUAAGGAAUGCUUUGUUUGUACUGGAUGCAAAAUGCAGCUUGCCGGCCAGAGAUUCACCUCUCGUGAUGACCUUACCUACUGCCUUGAAUGCUUCUGCAACCUGUUUGCGAAGAAAUGUGCCUACUGCACCAGCCCAAUAAGUGGUCUCGGGGGCAGCAAGUACAUCUCGUUUGAAGAUCGUCAGUGGCACAACGACUGCUUCAACUGCCAAAAGUGCAGUGUGUCUCUGGUUGGGCGAGGCUUCCUGACGUUCAAAGAUGACAUCCUUUGUCCUGACUGUGGUAAAGACCUCUGAGGGAUCUCCAACACCAUGGAAUGAAAAGAAGAGUCAGUCCAGUUUCACUGCCGAUCAGGGCAAUUCAGCAACAUGUUCAAACUAAGGCGAUUGUGUCCUAAUAUUUUAGUUUUUACAACAUUAACCUGCAUGCUGUUUUUUUUUGGUUUUCAAUGUUGAAUGGGAAAACAUUUUUCAGCAAAUGUUUGUAUUAAAGAUGUCUGUGACAAAUAUAGAACCAAAUAAAUCUUGCUUCAAGUGUAAUUGUUUGUGGCCAAAUUUCUGCUAUGUUUAACCAUUUUGUCUUAUUGAUUUUCCUACUAAUGCUUUUUUCUCCUAAUAAUUUCUGAUUAAUUUAAAAUUUAAAACUGCAAGAAAAUAUAUGUUUUAUCACAAGCUAUUCCUGGAUUUCUGUAAAAUCAGAAGUCCUGUUGUCAGUUAUUUGUAUACCAAAGAAAGCAUUGUUUUUUAUGUUUCGCUUGGUGUACAUUCAAUGUUCUUUUCAUUUUUUUUCAUGAUCAGUUUCAGUUUGGUUCAGUUUCUUUGUGCGCUAGCAGAUCUUGGUAUUUUUAGCAUUAUGAAAUGUUUUAAUUAUCAUGUCACCUAUUUUAAAUGCUAAAAUGUAUUUCAAUGUGUUUUGUAUUCCAUGUUUCCUGCUGGCUUAUAAUUUUAGCUGAAUAAGAAUAUUUUACAUUUAAUAAAACCAUUAAGUUGUCAUAGUAAAAUUACAUCCCAGCUAAUUUCUUUGUGCAUUAGUUUGAAAAGCUAAAAGAAGUAAUUCUAGUCAGCUAAAACCAAAAUGAUGCCCUUCCUUAUGUGUUUUUUUUUAAUGAUUGGUUAUUUUGAUCAAUGGUACCACCACCCAGUAGUAGAUGUGUAUGUUGGUUCUGGUAAUUAAAUGUGUUCUUUGCCAUCCUUAAUGUCAAUCCCUAACGGCUGACACUCAAAUACAGCUUUGAGAUGAUAACUGUUAUCUUAUUCUUCUGAUGGUUUUAUUGGCAGGUGUUUGAUACGGGCAAUGUGGCUCUCCACCCUGGGACCCAUCCUGUCAUGAGUGGCACGAGGACAGAAAAAAUAAAAAUCUUACUUGUGCCCUUAAAAACUUUUCUAUUACUUGUUUACAUGUUUAGUCAAUCGGGAGUAGCCGUCCCAGUGUUGUGCAUUGUAAGAGGAUUGUAAGAAAAUAUGGUUAUACGCUGCGGGUGGGAAAUAUGCCAAUUCAGACUCGCAGCUUUAGAUUUGAUGUUAAGAUAAAGGACUGUGUUGUUGUUUUUAAGGAAUCUGGACAAAAUCUGAAAUAAUUAGACUAAUUAAACUUGAAAACGAUUUUUUUCAUAACCUUAGAUUGAUUGAAGCAUGAAACCAGAACUAAUAAACAAAUAAAUUCUGGAGUGAAUUACUCAACUGUAACUAUAGAUUAUGUAAACCACAUUUGAAGAAUUUUGGUGUAAGGUGGUGUUGUAUAGGGGGCACCCACAGUGUGCCUCUCUCUCAAGAACCCCCACUGGAUGGUUUUUGUUGUAUUAAAUCAGUCUCACACUAA